UUUCUUUUUAGCAGCGAGAGAUAGUGGUGUUCAGCCCUCAAGAUAGCCCUCGAAACGGAAAUUUUUCAGAUGCUGACUCAAAACCGAGUGAAAGAAGAAAAUUCCCACAAUGCAGUGCAAGACACAACAAGAAAAGAAAAGAUGGCUAGCGGUGUGGGGAAAGAAGCUCAUAAAUGUGUCCGAGCCUCUCUCACACUGAUGGUUUUUGAACAAUCCCCCCAUCGACCUGCUAAGUGGGAGCGACCUAGAGGAGCCUGAGAAGGACCCAGUAGAGACUCCGGGCCUGCAGGUUGUCCCAUCCAUAUGGACGCCACACUGGGCUCUUCACCACGAUGAGGAUGACAUGCCCACACUGAUCCCUGGAGCCCCAUGUCUCUGAGGUGGCCUGGUUCGCUGCUUCCCCAUGACCAGAAGCUACUCUGCUUGCUGCAUCUACACAGUGUGAAGCCGCUCUCCUUGUCACCUCUCAGCUGCGCAAAGCCGCUCUGCUUGCUGCCUCUCAGCUGCGUGAAGCUGCUCAGCUCACUGCCCCUCAGCCUGCCGCCUCCCUGCAGCAUGAAGCAGCUCAGCCUACCAUUUCCCCACAACUUGCUGCAGCUCAGCCCAUCAUCUCCAGCCACAGGAGGAGGUAGUGGGCUGUCUCCCCUGACCCAUUGCUUCCAGUGCCCUCCCCAGGAGGUUACCAAACCUCCAAAGUUCAGCCCUGAAAGGGCCGCUGCUCGUCCCAAGCCCCUAGAGUCUGGCCCACAGGGGCUCACUCCAUCCGCGCUCCAGACACCGGGCCCAAGAGGGGCCACAUCACCUGUACCCGUCUUGCAGCAGUCAUAUUGUUCCACAGAGAACCCCAGGGGAUGCGCAAAGUAUUCCAGCUUCUCCCUGCUUGCCUCCAGGUGCCCGGGCUGCAUCCUGUUCAUCUCCUGCCAUUGCAUCGGCUCCCACCGCGUCUCCUGGCAUCACGUCAGCACCAGCCUUGUUUCCUGUCAUCACCCUGGCAGCCUCCUCAUCCCCUGCAGGACACCACCAGGCCAACGUCCGACUCCCCGCUUGCCGUCAGGCCAGGUUGGGUCGACCCAGAUGAUGCCUCGCUGGAGCACUUACAUUGGGACCCUUUGGGCUUUGCCCUAAGUCCCACUCUGUGGGCCCCAGCCUCAGCACAAAGUCCACACCGAUCUGAUCCUAUGUCCUGGUGCAGUCAGCGAUGUCAGCUGUGGCCCUGAAGAGGGGUUGGCUAAGUCUCCUUCUCCCAGCAGGGGAUACGGGAGCACACUAUGUGACGGCUGCCCCAACUCUCGUUUGCCCGACAUUGCCCGUUCAUUCAACUCUCCUGCUGAGUUCUGCAAGAGAGAACCUGCGGUGCCCUCCUGCUCCUGCCGUGCAGUUCCUUCUGUGCCCUCUGGCCCUGCAGGCCUGAGGGGCCCCGGAAGGUCUGCAUUCCAGGGUCACCACCCAGCUACCCAGGGUCUGGAAGACUUCCCAGACGUACAUUCUCCAUUCCCACUGGUCAUGCCUUGGCUUCUGUCCCAGUUCCCUGUCCUGCCUUGAUUUUGUCCUGGCCUGUGUCCCCUGUAGCCUUCUCCUUUGUUUCCGUCUCUGCCAUUGUGGUCCCUCUAUCUGUCUGCCCUGUCCUGGUGUGUAUCUUGUUGGGUGACUUCUCUGCAGUCCCUGAUUUUGCCUUGGUCUGUUCUGUGCCCCUAGUCAUGUCAUCUGUCUGGUCCUGUGUCUUGUCUGUCUGUUGUUCCCAUGUCUGUUGUGUUCAAUUUGUCUUGGUCUCUGUCUCUCCUGCUCUCUGUUGCUGUCUAUACCCUGUUGGGUACUGACCUUCCUGUGUCCUCCCGAACAUGGUCUUGAUAAGGCAUCCCUCUUGUUAUCCAUCAUUAGUCUUUAUAUUUACCUUAUUUAGGUAAUAAUAGUACCUGUUUGUCUCAUCAGCCCCAGUCCAGUCAUAGAUGUCGCUCCUCCUGUCUGCCCUUGUCCUUCCCCUUAUGAGUCUUCUCAUUUAGACCCCUUACGGUCUCGUCUCUUUUCUUGCCCCCAUUCAGUUAAAUAAAACCCCCUUUUGUUCACCAAGAGACUGCCUGUGAGUCCUUCAUCCCACAUUGCAUGACGCACAAUAUUAAUGGAAUACAAAGAAAGUAGAAUCUCGAAACAUACUUUUUUUUUGUUUUUAUUAAACAGCGUGAAUGCACCAGUGUGAAACUGUGAAAAAUCCAACUAAUGAAAAAAAUUAUAAAAUGAAACAAAAAAAUCACACCCAUGAAUGGAUGCGUAACCUGACUAGGAGGUUGUGGGAGAGAGGGGUGUAUGCUGGCUCUGUAACACUGUAAAGGCUGCUUGCCCAGUUCGGUCAACUGCAUUAUUUUAAGUAGUUACCUCUGGUGCUGCUAACAUUGAAUACUGAGAAAGUUUAAAUAUGAGCUGACAAUAUUGGCAAUGACUGACACAAUUGACCAAUGGCAGUAUCUUGAUUGUCAACAAAUUCUGGCCAGUACUAAUAUGUUUAGCAACUUGUUGUGCAUCUCUAACGCUAACCUUACUUUUUAUUUUGCUAGCUAGUUAGCUACCUCAAUGUUUUAGAUUAUCUUAACCAUUAGAGAGAGCAUUUUGUGCUACGAGACAGGGGAGACCUUCCCAAAAGUGUCACAGCGCAAAAAUGAAGCAGCACAUCCUUUACGAAUAGUAAUGAACUUUCACCUGUAGUCUCACACUUCAAAGGUUCACAUGCCGGGGUCUGUAGCAUGUGAAGGUGAAAGUGCACAACCCAGAAGAAUUAUCUUUAUUUCACUGCCAAAAAUUGUUCCUGACAUUACAUAUUGGUACACUGAAUCGCCACCUUAGUAAUCGAUUCACCAUGAUGCAUCAAUGCCUAGGUUGAUUAAUUUUCUAUAUGUAGUGCCAACCAGGCGUAUCACUGCAGAAAAUCAAUGUGCCAUUGUAAUCUGUAAUUCUAACCUAAAUAAGGGUUGAUGCACAGCAACCUUUGCAUCAUAUGAUUUCAAAUAUAAAGCUGCAGAGGGAAAAAACAUAUGUCACUUAUACCAGGCUUACUGUGUAUCUGUCUUGCACAUUAUUUUCCUGUUUAGGAGCUAAAAACACAUGAGAUAAUCCACAAAUAUUUCAGUGACAACUCUGCGUGGAUUCUUUAGCUGAAACUUUUCAGAACUUUUAUUUAUUGUCACGUUAUGGAAUAAAUGGAGAAUCCCGAAUGAAGAACUAGCUUAUGGUCUUAGAAACAAACAAUUUUCAAAUUACGAGAGUGGCUUGGGUUUUAUCUAAGCAAAAUAUUUGUUCAUUGGUGGAAGAAAGCAGUUCUACUAAUAAAUGCAUUUUCUGUGCUUUUUCUACCUACAAAACACUCCCCACAACAGCAUCCUGUUUAUGGAUGAGGAACUGAGGGCUGAGCUUUAGAGUGCUAUCUGAGGUCAUGCAUAUUCAUUUAGCUACUAAGCCAACACAUUUAGAGUAAAUGUACCUUGCCUCAAGGUAGCACAAAAUAACUGCACUGGGGACUCAGACAGGCAAGUCUGAGGUCUUUAACUCCCAUAAUACCUAUAGCCCUGUGGUUUAAUUUGAUUAAUCACUGUAUCCACCAAGAGACCUCCGCAAGUACACUCCCACUAGCUGCCUAAGGAUAGCAAAUUGGAGAAUGUUAACCGAUAUCCUUAACCAAGUUCAAGGAUUGCUUACAAAUUUGUCUGUAACAUUUACUGUAAAUAGGACUACAGUGAUGGCCCACUAUAU